AUGUCUUUAUCCGGAAGCUGUUUGUGUGGGGGCAUCACCUAUACCGCAGAAGUUACUGAAUACAUGAGCGCCCUCUGCCACUGCACAGACUGUCAGAAGUGGACAGGCAGCGCAUUUACAUCCAACGCGGUCGUGCCUCGAUCCAGCUUCAAGAUUACCAAAGGAAUUCCCUCCUCUUACGACUCAUUUGGCGCCAGCGGCAAGAUUAGCCGGCGGUUUUUCUGCCCUACUUGCGGCUCGGGCCUCUACACGGACUUGGAGGUCAUGUCGGACAUGACAUGUAUCAAAAGCGGUACUUUGGAGAAUGGCCAUGCCAGUCUUGGAGGGAAGGUUAACGUCGAGUUUUAUGUCAAGGAUCGACAGGAUUAUUUGGUUCCUGUGGAAGGGGCGAAGCAGGAGAGCCAUUUUCGUUGA